GGCAGAUGAAUGAGACAUUGAUUUCAUGCAUCAUCAUCAGUGUUUGGUUUGAGAUAGUCACACAGUCACAUAUCAUCAUCCAAUACAAUUAUCCAAUAUUCUCAGAAUGCUAACUCUCAAUCUCAAUGCUCUUCCUUCUUCUUCGUUCAAAAUUGUACCUUUUCAUGCCAAUUAUCCACUCUAUACUCAAACUCAGUUAUUAAUUCCCACUAAUCUUAAUUACCCUUUUACUAAUACAGCAACCAGAAAGUUCAAGACUUUUCAGCUCAAGGCUGGAUUUUGGGAAUCAAUUAAAUCUGGGAUGAGAAAGAAUAACACCACGCAGGUCAUUGAUCCGGAGUCAACAGAUGAAGAAGACGAAGAACCUCUACCUCAAGAGUUUGUGCUUGUUGAAAAGACUGAACCUGAUGGAACAAUUGAACAAAUAAUAUUCUCGUCGGGUGGAGAUAUUGAUGUUUAUGAUCUUCAAGCCCUCUGCGACAAGGUAGGGUGGCCUCGUAGGCCAUUGGCAAAAUUAGCCGCUGCUUUGAAAAAUAGCUAUAUGGUGGCCUGUUUGUAUUCUGUACGAAAGUCACCAGGGUCAGAGGGGAAUGAACAAAAGUUAUUAAUCGGCAUGGCUCGUGCUACAUCAGACCAUGCCUUCAAUGCGACAAUUUGGGAUGUUCUCGUUGAUCCUGGCUACCAGGGCCAAGGUCUUGGUAAAACUCUUGUAGAGAAACUGAUUCGAGCUCUUUUGCAAAGGGACAUUGGUAAUAUAACUUUGUUUGCAGAUAGUAAAGUUGUGGAAUUUUAUCGCAAUUUAGGUUUUGAAGCUGAUCCGGAGGGCAUAAAAGGGAUGUUCUGGUACCCAAAUCAAUGACUGCAACCUUGCAAAAGUUCAUUCUUCCUGCUUCUGUUACAUUGUUUAACAUUGCAACCUGAAAGUAUAAAGAUUGGACAUCAAUCCUGUAAUUAUUGUGUUAGAUGGUAGCAAGAUAUUCUUUACCGCCAAUGUUUUACUACUUUCUGAAACAGAUAAUGGUGAGACUUUGGUUAAAGAAUCAGUGUACUAUUGAGUUAUGCUUUUUUAUUUUUAUAAAGAAUGGUCAUCUUGGAUGAA